GAAUGUUAAAAGAGAAGUCUCUCUCACAUGAUGUCAUUCCUAUCAAAAUGUCAGGCUAUGGAUGACAGGAUACAGCAGAUAGAUCCCUGGACCAUUGCAGCAAGACACAGGUUCUUGGUCAAAUGGCUUUUGUUCAGAAAUCAUAAACAAGAUUUUGGCGCUCUCCUGGUGUGAGAACGUUUUACAUAAUUGUAAUAUCAAAGUGAGUCACUAAGAAGCAAGACAUAGCAAAAGCUGCGAGUACAAGGUCAUAAACACUGGAAGCUGUUACAGUCCAUCAGAUAAACACCUGUGAAAGCCUGGAAGAGAAAUAGCUAUAACACCGGUAAAAUGACAUUCAGUUACAGCAGGAUUAAUGGUUCAGCACAGAAAGAUCAUUCACAUUGGCAUGGAUGGGGCUCAGACAUGACAGCUUCUUGGAGGAAUGGCAGCGUGGCAAUGCCUGGAUGGACAGAGAUGUUGGACUUAGACCUGAGAACCUUUUGGCCAGCAGCAUUUCUUAGUCUAGCCUACUCCAUAGGCUGGUGGUGAGGGUAAAAUAGGAUCCAAUGUAAACCUCCCUUCCCCUGUUCUUUGAAAGAAAGUGGAACCCCCAAAGUGUGUGUUGUUGUUAUGUGUUCACAUAUUAACAUCAGUUUCUUUUCCCUGCUCUUAGCGAGAGCGCUACCUUUCAACAUUGCUGGAAUCUUUUCUUUCCAGUUCCUGAAUGUACCAAUGAUUUUGGGGAUGAUGCCUGUGCCUUAUGAAUCUGUGACAUAUGGCUGAUACUCAAAGAUAAGCUCAUUCCACAUUCUAUUUGUUCUAAUGAAACUGUCCCAAAAUGGGUAGGAUCAGCAUUUCUUGUCUGUUUCCUGCUUCGUGGCACUUCAGCAUUUCUCCAAUAGGCUGUCCUCGGAUGUUGAAUACCACAUUGCGACAGAUUGUUGUCAUUGGUCUGCUUGCUGCCGCAUUUUUCUUGCUGUACUACUCAGUUGUUGUAAUCAGGAAUAAAUAUGGCUACAGGGACAGAAAGCUGCACAGGUACCUUGCACGAGUCACUGAUACAGAAGCCACUGAUACCAACAACCCCAACCUGAACUAUGGCAUCAUGGUGGACUGUGGUAGCAGUGGAUCUAGGAUCUUUGUGUAUUGUUGGCCAAGACACAAUGGCAAUCCACAUGAUUUGUUGGACAUCAAACAAAUGAGGGACAAAACCAGAAAACCAGUGGUUAUGAAAAUUAAACCAGGCAUUUCAGAAUUUGCUACCUCUCCUGAAAAAGUUAGUGACUAUAUUUUUCCACUUCUGAGCUUUGCUGCAGAACAUGUACCCCGUGCGAAACAUAAAGAAACGCCCCUCUACAUUCUCUGCACAGCAGGAAUGAGGAUUCUGCCAGAGAGCCAGCAAAAGGCAAUACUAGAAGACCUGCUUACUGAUAUCCCAGUGCAUUUUGAUUUUCUGUUUUCGGAUUCACAUGCUGAGGUUAUUUCAGGAAAACAGGAAGGUGUAUAUGCUUGGAUUGGUAUCAACUUUGUCCUUGGGAGAUUUGAGCAUACUGAUGACGAGGAUGAUGCUGUAGUGGAGGUGCAUAUUCCUGGCAGUGAAAACAAGGAAGCCAUUGUCCGAAAGAGGACUGUGGGUAUACUUGACAUGGGUGGUGUGUCAACUCAGAUAGCAUAUGAAGUUCCUAAAACUGUAAGCUUUGCCUCUUCACAGCAGGAGGAGGUGGCCAAGAACCUACUUGCAGAGUUCAAUCUGGGCUGCGACGCUCAUCAGACAGAACAUGUGUACAGAGUCUAUGUUGCAACUUUCCUCGGCUUUGGGGGGAACGCCGCACGGCAAAGAUAUACAGACAGCAUAUUUACCAAUACGAUGUUUAGAAACAGGCUUCUAGGCAAACAGACUGGGAUGAUGUCUGACACCCCCUAUUUAGACCCCUGCCUGCCUUUAGAUGUUGAGGAUGAAAUCCAGCAGAAUGGGCAGAAAAUGCAUCUUCGAGGGAUAGGAGAUUUCAACCUGUGUCGUGAAGUAAUUCAGUCUCUGAUGAAUAAGACAAAUGAAACUCAGACGUCUUUGAACGGUGUUUACCAGCCUCCAGUACAUUUUGAGAACAGCGAGUUCUAUGGGUUCUCAGAGUUCUACUACUGUACCGAAGAUGUAUUACGGAUGGGGGGAGAGUACAAUGCUGCUAAGUUUCUGAAAGCUGCAAAGGACUAUUGUGCCACAAAGUGGUCUGUGCUGCGGGAACGUUUUGACCAUCAUCUCUACGCAUCACAUGCUGACCUUCAUCGAUUGAAAUAUCAGUGCUUUAAGUCAGCUUGGAUGUAUGAAGUGUUUCACAGUGGCUUCUCUUUUCCUGUAAACUAUGGCAACUUAAAAACUGCACUGCAAGUUUAUGAUAAAGAAGUGCAGUGGACGUUGGGAGCCAUCCUGUAUCGAACCCGAUUUUUGCCUUUGAGAGACAUCCAGCAGGAGAACUUCCAUGGCAAUCACUCCCAUUGGCGCAGCUUCUCUUUUGUUUACAAUCAUUACCUGUUCUUCGCCUGUUUCUUUGUGGUGCUGCUGGCCAUCCUGCUUUACCUGCUGCGGUUGAGGCGGAUUCACCGGCGAAUGCUGCACAGCAGCCAGUCCCCUUCCCUCUGGAUCGAGGAAGGCCUCCCACCGCAGAAGAUCCCAGGAGCCUUAUAAGCUGCAGAACACUCCUUUAAAGACUUUUCAAGAAAAAAGCCAUUGUUUUGCCUCAGGGUUCUCCUCUUGUUUCUAGAAACGAUUAUGCCAGAGCAUGGGACUCGAGAGGAGUAUCAAAUGGAAGACUGAGGAGAAAGCAGCUCAACUAGAUGAUCAGCCAAAAUUUCUUUAAAACUCUUGUCAUAAAAGUAAAUGCACUUUGAUUGGGGGGGGGCGGGGAGAAAGGGUGGGACAGUGGAGACUUGAUGCCAGUAAAUGAAUAAGUGGGAAAGCAGCAAUCCAACUUGUGCCCAGUAACUAACUGUGAUUGUUCUGUUCAUAUGUGAUGAAUCUUCUCUUCACAGUUCUUAUAGGAACUGAUCAUGUGAUCCUAAGUAGCUUCCCAUCUACCCCUUAUCGUAACGCCUGAGGUGUUCCAACCCACAGGCAAAGGGCUCUUUUCUUCCUACUGUGAACAUCAACAGAGGCCUUGGCAGAGUUCUCCCUUGGUGACUCUCAGCUCCUCUAUGCAUGAGUCUUGACUUACACAGUAGUGUAAAGGAGUCUGAAUGCUGCUCUUUUGGAGGCCCUUUGCCUCUGGCCAAAUUCCUGAGAUGCAUAAUAAGGUAAAGAAUCCACCAUAUUCUCUGUUGCUGUUCACACUGGGGAAUAGAUAAAGAGUCCUUUGCUUGUCUUGGCUUGUGUAGGAGUGUGUUGCUGGCUUUUGAGCCUUUGCUCCAUUUGCAAUAGGGUCCCUCUUUAAAUGACAUGGUUGACCAGGGCAGUGGGCAUAGAGAGUCUGAGCCUCAGUCAAAAAAGGAACAGGGUUCUUCUGAAAAACUAGCAAUGCAGCUUGUUAAGAUGUGAUGCCUACAAUGUUCUUGCAAUACUGUGAUAAGAAGAGUCUCGUUGGCUAUUGUAAUCUGUGUUGUCACAAAAUACACAGACCUCAUUGCA